GCUUUUUCACACUUUAUUUCCGAGAGAUCUCUGUGGUGAUUUUGGUUGGUCUUGAUUAGGAAUUCUGUGAGAAGCUUCUGGACUAGAUCUUCCUCCAGAUUUCACCUCACCACUCUUCAGCGGCUCUGCUUGAGUUUAUAUGUGCACCAAACUUCAGUUUGCUUAGAGAAUAAAGGUUGAGACCCAACAUGACCAUGCCAGCCAAUCAGACCUCUCCCCAGAAAUCCCUGAGCCUGGCUCCAGAGGAACGUGGUGGCUCAUGUGAGGUGUCAGUGUCCUUCAGGGACGUGGCUGUAGAUUUCAGCAGAGAGGAGUGGCAGCAAUUGGACCUUGAUCAGAAAAACCUGUACCGGGAUGUGAUGCUGGAGACCUAUAGCCACUUGCUCUCAAUAGAAGAAUUGUGGCAGAUUGGUGACCAGAUAGAGAGCUAUCAUCAGAGAGAAAACAGAUCUUUAAGAAAUGUGGCUUUCAUCAAGAAAGUAUUGACUAUACAAAGGGAUUAUGCAUAUAAGGACAUAAGAAAAAUAAUUCGUGUGAGCCAAAACAUUCCUUCCCCAAAGAGACCUCAUCAUCAAUGUGACUUAUUUGGAAGUGCUUUAAGCUGUAAUUUAGAUUUAUGCAAUCAUAAUAGAAACAGUGGAUCAAAGAACAUUAAUAAGAUUACUGAAUAUGGUAAAAUUUCUUCCUAUACUAAACAAGAGGGUACUCCAACAGGAGAGAAAUUACAGGACCAUAAUCAAUGUGGAAAAAUUCUCAGCUAUGAACAAGUACCCUCUCAACAUCAGAAAAUUCAUACUGGGGUGAAAUCUUACAAAUGUGCUGAAUUUGGAAAUAUCUUCACUCAAAAUUCACAACUUAAGGUACAUCUGAAAGUUCAUACAGGAGAAAAACUCUAUGUAUGUAUUGACUGUGGGAAAGCUUUUGUACAGAAGCCCGAAUUCAUCACACAUCAGGGAACUCAUACUAGAGAGAAGCCCUAUAAGUGCAGUGAAUGUGGGAAAGCCUUUUUCCAAGUAUCUUCUCUUUUCAGGCAUCAGAGACUUCAUACUGGAGAAAAACUCAACGAAUGCAGUGAAUGUGGGAAAGGCUUCUCUUAUAACUCAGAUCUUAGUAUACAUCAGAAAAUUCAUACUGGAGAGAGACACCAUGAGUGCAGCGACUGUGGGAAAGCAUUCACGCAGAAGUCCACACUCAAGAUGCAUCAGAAAAUUCAUACAGGUGAGAGAUCCUAUAUAUGUAUUGAAUGUGGACAAGCCUUCAUCCAGAAGACCCACUUGAUUGCACACCGAAGAAUUCACACUGGAGAAAAACCAUAUAAAUGCAGUAGUUGUGGGAAGUCCUUCAUUUCCAAGUCACAGCUGCAGGUACAUCAACGAACUCACACAAGAAUGAAACCGUCUAUGUGCAGCGAAUAUGGAAAGGUUUUCAACAAUAAUUCCAACCUCAAUACACAUAAGAAGGUUCAAAUUAGAGAGAAAUCUUCCAUAUGUACUGAAUGUGGUAAGGCGUUUACCUACAGGUCAGAGUUGAUUAUACAUCAGAGGAUUCACACCGGAGAAAAACCUUAUGAAUGUGGUGAUUGUGGAAAAGCAUUCACUCAGAAAUCUGCACUCACAGUGCAUCAGAGAAUUCAUACAGGAGAAAAAUCAUAUAUAUGCAUGAAAUGUGGUCUAGCCUUCAUCCAGAAGGCACACUUGAUAGCCCAUCAAAUAAUUCAUACAGGAGAGAAACCUUAUAAAUGUGGUCACUGUGGGAAAUCCUUUACUUCCAAGUCACAACUCCACGUGCAUAAACGAAUUCACACAGGAGAAAAACCCUAUACGUGCACUAAAUGUGAGAAGGCAUUCACUAACAGAUCAAAUCUCAUUACACAUCAGAAAACUCAUACAGGAGAGAAAUCCUAUAUAUGUCCUAAAUGUGGCAAGGCCUUCACUCAAAGAUCAGAUUUGAUUACACAUCAGAGAAUUCAUACUGGGGAGAAACCUUAUGAAUGCAGUACCUGUGGAAAAGCCUUCACCCAGAAGUCACACCUCAACAUACACCAGAAAAUUCACACUGGAGAGAGGCAGUAUGAAUGCCAUGAAUGUGGGAAAGCCUUCAACCAGAAGUCAAUACUCAUUGUGCAUCAGAAAAUUCAUACAGGAGAGAAACCCUACGUGUGCACUGAGUGUGGAAGAGCCUUCAUCCGGAAGUCAAACUUUAUUACUCAUCAGAGAAUUCAUACUGGGGAGAAACCUUAUGAAUGCAGUGAUUGUGGGAAAUCCUUCACCUCCAAAUCUCAGCUCCUGGUGCAUCAACCAAUUCACACAGGAGAAAAACCGUAUGUGUGUGUUGUAUGUGGGAAAGCCUUUAGUGGCAGGUCAAAUCUCAGUAAACACCAGAAAACUCAUACUGGAGAGAAGCCCUACAUCUGUUCUGAAUGUGGAAAGACCUUCAGACAAAAGUCAGAACUGAUUAUACACCAUAGGAUUCAUACUGGAGAGAAACCUUAUGAAUGCAGUGAUUGUGGUAAAUCAUUUACUAAGAAAUCACAACUCCAAGUGCAUCAGCGCAUUCAUACAGGAGAGAAGCCUUAUGUGUGCGCAGAGUGUGGAAAGGCCUUCACUGACAGGUCAAAUUUGAAUAAACACCAGACAACACACACUGGAGACAAACCCUAUAAGUGUGUCGUCUGUGGGAAAGGCUUCGUUCAGAAGUCAGUGCUCAACGUGCAUCAGAGUAUUCACACUUGA